AUGAAAACUUGGAUCCUGAUUGCAAUAAUGAUUAUUCAGCAUGAACUAGGUAUUUCUUUAAAUCAAUCAAAGUUUAGUUUAUGUGCGCAGUGGAGUGACGUAGCAGUGACAUUCGCUGAUCAAAGCUGCAUUGGGCUACAACCGACUGGUAUCUUUAUCAAUUCGCAGAACAAUAUCUUUGUAACUGAACGACAAUAUGGUCAGAUUCUNACUGUUGACGGUUUCGGUCAAAUUUAUGUUGCAGAUUGUUACAAUCACCGAAUUGUGCGCUGGUGUAAAGCGAAGGAAGGCGAACUAAUUAUUGGUGGAAAUGGACAAGGAGAAAAAACAAACCAACUAUCCUAUCCAGGCAGUCUAUCUUUUGAUGUCGACGGAAAUCUUUAUAUUGCUGAUGGUGGGAAUAACCGAAUCCAAAGAUUUGAUUUAAUUUGCGAAUAA